AUGAUUGAAGAACUGAACAAUUUAAACUCCACCAUUAAAUUUACUUUGACGUACAGCCCAGAUAAAAUCCAAUUCUUGGAUGUGGAGAUAUUCCGGAAGGAUCGAAACAUUGGACAUCGAUUAUUUAGAAAACCCUCAGACCGCAACACGCUGCUACACGCCAACAGCGCUCAUCCCAAAGCCCUAAAGGAGUCUUUACCUAUUUCGCAAUACUUAAGAGUGUACAGGAAUAACUCGGAGGAAAGCACAUGUAAAACUCAACUAGAGGACAUGACCAGAUCCUUUGUGGAACGAGGAUACACAUAUAAAGUGCUCCAAGAAUGUCAAAUAAAAGCAGAAAAUAUAUACAGGGGCAUAUCUACUAAACAACUUCAAAAUCUGCCCAGAAUUACGAUCCCUUUAUCAUACCACACGGAGAGCCAGAGAUUUUCCCACAGGAUUAAAGGUAGAUGGGACAUCUUAUCCAGCGACAGAACACUUAAUCCGGUUUUUUUACAGAAACCAAGGGUCGCAUAUUCACGCAACAGAAACUUGAAGGACAUUUUAGUAAAAACAGAUAUACCGAGCCAAUAUAAUACACGAACAUUGCAUACCAAGAAAGGCUGUUUCAAGUGUUCAGGUUGCGUCACCUGUGGACACAUGCUGACAGGCUCUUCCUUUGCACAUCCCCACACAGGCAAAAGAAUCCAGAUCAAACAUCGACUAACCUGCAUGAGUGACCAUGUAGUAUACCUCAUUUCAUGCCCAUGUGGGAAAUAUUAUGUGGGUAAAACAGACCUUACAGUAAGGGACCGUAUUCGUGGUCACAGAUCAGGAAUCAUGACGGCGUACCGGGAUGGGAAGACUGAUAAACCUGUGGCAAAACACUUCCUAGAUUUCCAACACCAUUUACCCACGCUUAAGUUCAUUAUGAUAGACCACAUCCCACCGCUCACAAGAGGAGGCGACAGAUCAAAGUUACUUUUACAAAGGGAAACCUUUUGGAUCACACAUCUGGAUACGGUCCAACCGAAAGGAUUAAACGAAUACAACUCAUUUAGUUGUUUUUUGGAUAUCCGUUGAUAUCGCUGAGCAGUAAAUGACUUGGAUGCGAGAUUUUGACUCAGGAUUUAAUGACCAUCCCAUAAUAAAGAGGACAUUGUGAAUUAUUUCCAUCUGAUUUCCUGCCGGUGGGAGUUACAAUACAGAGCUGCAAGAAAGGGUUGUGGACUUCCAAUUGGUGAUUGGGGAUAGUACAUACAUCUAGGCACUUUUGGCUUUUUGAUAAAUACCCAGUGACAUAAGGUUCUUAUAGUAGGACCCUCUCUCCUUUUACCUAAUUUUUCUUUUUUCCAUUACCUAGCAUGCCGAUCUUGGAGGCUGCACUGGCAUAUAGUUAGUAGGAUCACUGUCACAUUUUUUAUUGUUUAUUUUCUCAUUAUUGUUUAUUUUUACUAUUUUUAUUUUUUGUUAUUUUUAUUUUUAUUAUAUUUUUUAUUUAUUUUUAUAUUUAUUUUUAUUUCAUUGUAUUUUGUAUAUAUUUUUUAUUUCAUUUUAUUUAUUUACUUAUUUAUUUUUUUAUUUUUUUAUUGCAUUCUUACCUUUCUGACAGUGCAUUCUCAUUAUUCACGAGGGCUCAUUACACUUUUAGUGCAUGUUUCAGCUGCACAGUCUUUUUCACUUUUCAUUGAUUUUCUCAUUUCUAGAGGUCAGGCAGUAUACUCACAUUUUUUACUACAUCAUUUCACACACACACCGGAGAAUGAUCUUAGUAGCACACACACACUCUUUUCUACAGUGUUUCACAUACAUACCGUAGAUUGAUUUAGUACAGGAUUUUCUCAUUCUUGCUUUAUUUUUUACUAGUUUGGAAUUCACACAUACUGAUUUGUCACUCACCAUUUAAUAUUCCCUGUGUUUAUUUAUUUCAUCACACACAUGCUGAUCACUCUACACUAUAAAUGGACCCCAGUAGAUAAAGGGUCAACAUUACACACACUCUCUGUUAUAUACUGACAACUCACAUUAUGCUAAGCCAGCCUGUUUUCUGUAAUUGAUGCCUGUUCUUAUUGUUUAGGUUUGUGAUUUGGCAACACACAUGGCUUUCCCAGCUAGGGUUUCCAAUUUAAUAAGGAGUUAGGUAGUAUUUGAGUUAGCUCUAUUAGGCUACACAGGUCCACAGUUACCAAUACACCAGUCUUUCUAACUGAGUCCCUAUAUGAGCAAUCGUUUCUAGCCAUUCCUGGCUCACUCUAGUACCCUACGAUCAGUUAGGCAGUUGCUUAGACAUUUAUGAAAACACAUAUGCAACAUAUAAUUUUAUUUAUCCUCCGUAUUGAUUUUAAAUCUCUGCCGACAUUUGGUUUUUAAACAGCUGUGCCGUCUCUAGGCAACACAUGGUGAUUUCACCACACGUCACUUUACGGCAAUUAACAUAACGAUCCACAAUUUGCGGCUUCACUCAUAUGGCAGAUUGGACACACAGGGAGCACUUGGUGAUUGGGUAAGUUUAACAAGCGUUUAUGUAUAUAUUUGAGGUUUUUGUAUAUGACAGCAUCUUGAUAAAGACCGCUAGACGGUCGAAACGUCGAUUUUUUUGUGUGCUAUUUGAAUACAGUAAUUUGAUUUACCAAAUCCAUGGAGUGCUCUCAUUUUUUGCUUUGUUUAUAUAUAUAUAUAUAUAUAUAUACACAUACAUACAUACACACGUAUUAUAUGUAUGUGUGCAUAUAUAUUAUAAACUGGAAAAACAUUGUUUUCAUAGAAAACGAAUAAAAAUGCUAACUUUGGCCAGCGUUUGUGGCUACUACCAAAGACUGGACAUACCACAUUUUUAAUACCCUGGGUUGUCUACAUUUGAAAAUGGUAUGCCAUGAUGAGGUUAUUUCACAUUCCUGGACUACCAUAUGGUCUCAAAAUGCAACACAGACCCAGCAAACCAAUCUGGCAAACUUAAUUGAGCAAGCCCUAUAUUGACCCUGUAACUUUCCAAAACACCAUAAAACCUGUACAUGGGGGGUAUUUUUAUACUCGGGAGACUUCGCUGAACACAAAUAUGAGUGUUUAAAACAGUAAAACUUAUCACGACGAUGAAAUCACCAGUAAAAGUGACGUUUUUGUGUAAAAAAAAAUGCAAAAAACAAAUAAAAAUGCUAACUUUGGCCAGCAUUUGUGACCAAGUCGCUACUAAAAAAGACUGUACAGACCCCAUUUUGAAUACCGUGGGUUGUCUACUUUUACAAAUGGUAUGCCAUGAGGGGGGUCCAUUUUUAUUCCUGGGCUGCUAUACGGUCUCAAAGGCAACAUAGGACCAACAAACCAAUCUGGCAAAUUUCAAUGUGCAAACAUAGAAAAGGGGAAAGCCCUACAUUUGACCCCUGUAAGUUUGCAAAAACCCAUAAAACCUGCACAUUGGGGGCACUGUUGUACUCGGGAGAUAUUGCUGAACACAUAUUGGGGUGUUUUCUGUCAGUAACAAUAACAGGAACUGAAAAUCCAUGCCUAAAAUACAAGAGAAAAAUAACACAAAAAAUGAAUACCCAAAAGGUUGGCAAAGACUGAUGGUAGAAUAAGCCCAUGGAAAGUGUCUAGCGUGUCUACUUUUCAAAAAUAUAUGGUUUGAUGGCGGUAAAUUACAUUGGCCGGCUUCAAAAAUGUCCCAAAUAGGACAGGGUCGAACAGUUGUGUUUUUUUAAAAAAUUUUCAUCAUAUUUUAGAAUUUUUUUAUAGUAAAUUAUAUGAUGUGAUGAAAACAAUGGUAUCUUUUGAAAGGCCAUUUAAUGGAGAUAAGAACAGUUUAUAAUAUGUUUGGUUACAGUAAAUGAGUCAGAGGAAAAUUACAGCUAAACACAAACACCGCAGAAAUGUAAAAACAACCCUGGUCCCAAACGAUAAGAAAAUUGAAAAGUGGUCUGGUCACUAAGGGGUUAAACUCCAACUCAAUUGUAGUCACAUUUUGGCUACUAUAGCCUGCGCUUUACAAUUCAGAUUUCAAAUUACUACAAAUGGGUAGUUGGUGCGUAACCCUAUAUCAGUGUUUCCCAACCCAGUCCUCAAGGCACACCUACCAGUCCAGGAUUUAGGGAUUACCCAGUUGUGUCUAAGGUGUUUUUUUUCUUCUUUGUAAAAACACCUUAGACACAACUGGGUAAUCCCUAAAUCCUGGACUGGUAGGUGUGCCUUGAGGACUGGGUUGGGAAACACUGCCCUGUAUCAUGCACUGACAUAUGUAUGUAAUGUGUAAACUGCCAACACUACCUUCCCAUUUUUAUUUUUAGUUUACAGUAUAACUCCCACUCAGCACUGAUUGAGCUUGGAGUGGUACGCCACAAAAGCAUCUGAUGAUGAGUUUGUCUCAACUUGUCAUCCAAUGCAACUCUCAUCAUACUCAGCCAGAUUCAGGCUCCAUAUGAUGACCGCUGUAGAUCAUAGUUGGGGUUGGGGGCUCCUCAUUGCAGUCUCCAGCAGCGUGCCCAUACCAUGCUGUGUUCUGUUACUGCAAAAAACCUAUACAUUUUUUAUGUAAUUUAAUAAAUACCCAAAAUGCACAAAUAAAAGGCCUUAGGAUCACUGUACAUGAUUAUCUUUUCUUCAUGAAUAUAAUAUUUUUUUUAAAUCCAUUUUUAGAUUACUUCGUCCAAUUGUGAGGGCUAUACAAGGGCAUAUUCAUGCCAUCCUCGGUGAAAGGGUAAGUAAAGUGAAAAUAAAAGAUUAAGAUAAUUAUAAACAUAGUCUACAAAACGAAUGACAAAUUAGGAAAAAAAAAGGCAUUUUAGAGGGAAUGUGAUAACGAUAUAAAAAAUAUAUACUGGGUUGAUACAAGUAUUGGUAAAGUUUUAUUUAACAUGGCUGUGGGAAAAACAACACAAGGUUAACCAAUGAGAAAAGAGGAAAGGAGAUAUCACCUAGCUCAGCAGAAAGAGUUCUCUAUGGUAAAAGAUUAAUAAUUCAUUAUUAGGAAAUGUCAUUAGAGCACACAAUUUAGGCCGAAAUUGCCACAUUGUGACUAUGGAUGAGUUGGAGAAUUUUUUUCCUGAUCACGUUUUUGUGCCUAAAUAAUGCAAUUUUGCAAUUUGUUUUCCUUUAAUUAACUAUAUUUCUCGAAAUAUAAUUUAAUUCACUGUAAUUCUAGAAGUUUAUUGGAAGUAAAUUAAGCCCGUAGUAAAGAAUUUGUUUCUGAAUAUAUUUAUUUUAAAUUGAAUAUAUUAUGGAACAACCUAUUGGAAUAAUUUGAUACCGUGUUUCUCCGAAAAUAAGACCGGGUCUUAUAUUAAUUUUAGUCACAAAAAAACACACUAGGGCUUAUUUUCAGGGUAGGGCUUAUUUAUUUACGGUACCAGUAUGUACAUUGAACCCCCCCUUUAAUUAAUCCACCCCCCCCUUUAAUAAAUCCACCCCCCUCUAAUUAAUCCACCCCCUCUAAUUAAUCCAGCCCACCCUUUAAUUAAUUCCCCCCCUCUAAUUAAUCCAGUCCACCCUUUAAUUAAUUCACCCCCUUUAAUUAAUUCACCCCCUCUAAUUAAUCCAGCCCACCCUUUAAUUAAUUCACCACCCCUUUAAUUAAUUCACCCCCCUCUAAUUAAUCCAGCCCACCCUUUAAUUAAUUCACCACCCCUUUAAUUAAUUCACCCCCUCUAAUUAAUCCAGCCCACCCUUUAAUUAAUUCACCCACCCUUUAAUUAAUUCACCCCCUCUAAUUAAUCCAGCCCACCCUUUAAUUAAUUCACCACCCCUUUAAUUAAUUCACCCCCUCUAAUUAAUCCAGUCCACCCUUUAAUUAAUUCACCCCCCUUUAAUUAAUUCACCCCCCUCUAAUUAAUCCAGCCCACCCUUUAAUUAAUUCACCCCCCUCUAAUUAAUCCAGUCCACCCUUUAAUUAAUUCACCCCCCUUUAAUUAAUUCACCCCCUCUAAUUAAUCCAGCCCACCCUUUAAUUAAUUCACCCCCUUUAAUUAAUUCACCCCCCCUUUAAUUAAUUCACCCCCCCACCCCCUUUAAUUAAUUCAAUUAAUCCCAGACAUAAAAUAUCUAGCGGUACUCACAUUUCAAAGAUUCCUUGCCGAGUCCGACCACUGGGAGCCUCACCGCCCGGAAAUGGAUCCUUCCGCUGAAGAUCCGUGAAGGCAGACUGACGGCGCUGCAAAAUGUCGUCAUCACGUUGCGUGACGCUCCUCCUACAGCAGAAGAAGGAAGUCUCGCCGCAAAGGUACAAUGCCUAGGUCUUAUUUUCGGGGUAGGGCUUAUAUUGCAGCCCACCCCGAAAAUCCGACUAGGGCUUAUUUUCGGGGUAGGGUUUAUUUUCGGGGAAACACGGUACAUGGAAAAUUGUGUGGACAUUUUUUUAAAGAUGAUGCUUUAUAUACUAUUGUCACUUUUGUACCUGAGUACAAAUUGCAUUGGGUUACACGUUACAUAGGGCUUGAUUUUUAUAUUUUUGGAUAAGCUUUUCUAAAGGUUUAAUAUUGUUGGAAUAAACUUUUAAGUGAUUUUUUUCAAAAUAUUGAAAUAUAAAUAAUAUAUCAUAUAUAUAAAAAUAUUAAUAUAGAAAAAUCUAAUUUAAAAAUCUAAAUAUUUUUCAAAUGAUUACAUCAUUUUAAAAAUGUAUCCAAAAAUAUUUAAUCUUUUUCAAAGUCUGUCCAGAAAAAUUAAAUCAAGGCCAUGAUUACACACUACUACUAGUGUAAAAUUAAAAAGAAAUCCUUUUAAUUUAAUUUUUUUGAUACCAUAAUUAUUCUUACGUGUGCAACGUGUGUAACUUUUUAAAAAUGCCUUUUUACAACUAUAAAUAUUCUACUAGCUCCCAAGUUUACAGCAAUUAUUAUUCACAAUUAAUUUUAAAAUCCCAGCAAUUUGUGCACCUCUUGACGCAGAACUUGAAGCAUAAAAGAUAAAAAUAAAAGCAAAGUGCUGAGCCAGAAUAGUCUAGUUAAUACUAAUAUAAAUAUAAUGUAUUAAUAAUACUUUUCAGGUAGAGGUUUAGGCUGAGUUAAGGUAAACCAAGAAAAGUUUUCAAGUAUGUGGUUAGGAUUAGUGGUAUAUCAAAUUAAGGAUUAGGGUGAACAGGUAAAGCUAUCAGUAUAUCAGUAAAAUUUUAGAAUUAGGAAACAGAGAAAAGGAAUAGGGAUAGGGAAUGUGUGGAAGGAUUAGAACAUAGAAAUAGAGUAUUUGCUUCCACAAAGAAAAAUGAUUUAACCCCAAAUAACUCUAGAAAUGGACUGCUCUGCUUCUUCUAAUCCUUGACCAGUGCAUUUCCGGUCCCUAGUAAUUCCUCAGACCGUCAUGAUCACAUUUAGCAUGUACUCAAUUAAUAAAUGCAAAAACUGAAUUUGAUAAAGAAAAUUGGCCCUAAUCAACAGGACAAAAGUCCAUUUUAUUUUGUUCUUUACUCCCUUAAUAAUUUGAAUGAAAAAAAAUAUAAUAUAAUAUAAUUUUAUGAGAAAUAAUAUAUAAAGAAAGCUUGGGAUAGCCAUGUUGCUGUCAUUAUACAAAAUACAAAAUAAGCAGGAGGCUAAACUGGAUUAAACAUUUUUUUUAGACGAGCAGAAUACAUGUUUGAGUUGGCUUCCUGGCUCUAAUCAAAAUCUUUAUUUCUAUGACCUAUGAAUGUAUCUCCCUUACAGCUAUGCGUAUCAGUUUCUAAUGUAUUCCUGGGAUUGAAUGCAGAUUUGGGUCUAAUGGCUGGUAAGUUUAACUUUUUAGGAGGUUAAUAUUUAUUUCCUUUACUCACACAAUAAACUAAUUUUUGUUUAAUGAACAAAUAUUACAUAAUGGCAACAUAAUAAAUAGAAUAAGAGAGUUAUAUAUAUAUAUAUAUCACACAACUUAAAUGAAAACAUAUGAGUUAUAAACUAUAGGGAGACAUACUCAUGGAUUCAUUCACCUAACUAGAACAACAUUUGAGAGAACUAAGCUAAAAUCUUUGAAAAUUGCGAUUUUUGUGUGCAUCAAUAAUCUGAUUAUGGAUAGUUAAAAGGAUACGAUAGGAUCCAAAACAACUUUAGAUUAAUGAAGCAGUUUUGAUCUAUAGAUCAUGCCCAUGCAGAUUUCAGUGUUCAAUUAUCUGCCAUUUAAUAGUUAAAUCAUUUUGUUUAUGCUGCCUCAGCCACACCUCCCUGCAUAUGACUUACACGGCCUUCAUAAGCACUUCCUGUAAAGAGUGAUCUAAAAUUUAAACUUCCAUUAUUGCAGUCUGCUUAAUUUAGGAUUUCUUAUCUCCUGCCAUGUUAAUAGACUAGAGUUUGCAGGAGUCUCCUGUGUGAGUGAUUAAAAUUGUAUUUGCAGAGUUAAGAGUAAAGUAAGUUAAGAGCUGAUUGAAAUUGAAUUUUCUUUUUUUUAUGUCAAACACAGCUAGAGAAGGUGUAGCUAGGGCUGCAUAAACAAAAGUUAUUUCACUCCUAAAUGGCAGAGACUUGAGCACUAAGUCUUCAUUGAUAUAAUCCAUACAUCCAAACUGCUAAAGUUGCUUUGAUAUAGUAUCCAAUUAUUCUAUCAUUAUGAUGGCCAUACUGCUACUUUAAUUUCAAAUGCAUAGAAAUGUUAUAUCCAGCAGGGAGUUUUUUCCCUUUAUUAAUUUUAUUAUUUUAUUUCCAAAAGUCAAAACACAGAGAGUAGACACAUCAAUGUAAUCUUGUUGGAUAAACUUUUAAAAUGAUUUAAUAUUAUAAAAAAAAGUUUAAGUUUGUAAUAUUUUAAUAUUUUUUGAUAUAAUGAUAAAGCUGUUUUAAAUAUUAUAUGUUUUUAAUAUUUUAAUAUUUUGAAAAUCUUUUCAUUUGAAAAUCUUAUCCAACAAUAUGAAAUCGAGGCCAGAAUUGCUUAAGUGCAGAUAAAUACACAGUUUCAAAAAAAAUGUAAGUCAAAAUAUAUAUAUAAAAGACAGAUACUAUGCCCAACAUAUACACAAAUAACAACAGGAUUAUUCACUAAAGUAAGAAUUCAAAGUGAAUCCAUGGUGAAUUUCAAAUUUAAAGGACCACUAUAGGCACCCAGACCAUUUCAGUUCAAUAAAGUGGUCUCGGUGCCAGGUCCCCAUAGUUUUAAAGAACCACUAUAGUGCCAGGAAAACAUACUUGUUUUCCUGGCACUAUAGUGCCCUGAGGGUGCCCCCACCCUCAAGGUACACCUCCCGCCUGGCUCUGGAAGGGGGAAAGGGGUAAAAACUUACCUUUUUCCAGCGCUGGGCGGGGAGCUCUCCUCCUCCGAUCCUCCACCGUUCCUCCCCGUCGGCUGUAUGCGCACACGCUGCAAGAGCUGCGCACGCAUUCAGCCGGUCGCAUAGGAAAGCAUUAUGAAUGCUUUCCUAUGGACGCUUGCGUGCUCUCACUGUGAUUUUCACAGUGAGAAUCACGCAAGCGCCUCUAGCGGCUAUCAAUGAGACAGCCACUAGAGGAUUUGGGGGAAGGCUUAACCCAUUCAUAAACAUAGCAGUUUCUCUGAAACUGCUAUGUUUAUAAAAGAAUGGGUUAAGCCUAGCUGGACCUGGCACCCAGACCACUUCAUUAAGCUGAAGUGGUCUGGGUGCCUAGAGUGGUCCUUUAACCCUGCAGCUGUAAACACAGCAGUUUUUAGAGAAAAUGCUAUGUUUACAUUGAGGGUUAAUCCAGCCUCUAGUGGCUGUCUCCCUGACAGCCGCUAGAGGCGCUUUCACGAUCCUCAAUGUGAAAAAAACUGAGUAAUGCUUUCCUAUGGGCGGUUUGAAUGCGCGCGCGGCUCUGGCCGUGCAUGUGCAUUCGGAGCUGACGUCGGCAGGGGGAGGAGAGGUCACCAGCAACAAGGGAGCCCGGCGCUGGAUUAAGGUAAAUGGCUGAAGGGGUUUUAAGGUAAAUGGCUGAGGUGGGCCCUGAGGGAGGGGGGACCUAAUAACCCUAUAGUGCCAGGAAAACAAGUUUGUUUUCCUGGCACUAUAGUGCUCCUUUAAGGUCAAACUUGCCAAACUGUAAAAAUUCAAGUCAGCGUAAGCCCUGCAAUAUUGCACGCCUAAGGGAACAGGGACACUGCACCUAGCCCACUUCAAAUAGAUGAAGUUGUCCUAGUGCUUGUAGUAUCCCUUUAAAGAGAUACAAAAAAAUAGUUACAAAUUACACAUUUGCAUUUCUAACAGUCUUAUGCCUCUGUAUUGUGAUCUAGGCACCCUUAAAACAACUAUAAAUGGUUACUUUUAAAUUAGAACAUUAUCAUAUAAUAAUACAAUACCAUCACUUUUACGAGGGUAGAUCUUUGAGCCUGCAUACAAUAACCUAAAAUGUUAAAAAAAAAAUCAAAAAAAAUCAGAAGGAUGGGAAGUGCAUCAGAAUAAUUUAAAUAGGAGCUGAUUAUUAAAGCAGAUCUCUCAUGUUGUGUUUCUUUUUUGUUUCAAAAACACAUAGGCUACCGUUGCAAUUGCUUGGGUCUGCAAAUAAUAUUCAAUAUUGUCAUCAAUUUGAUACCUACCCCGUGUUUGUGCUAAAAGAGCUGUUUUUCCAGCAUCAUGGAAGAAUAGAUAGCCACGUUUAAGAUGCUUUUCCGACUUGGCUUAUUGAAAGUCAAACCAUACAGCAUAUUGUUACAUAAACAUAGAAUGUCACACCGUUAACUCUAAUUAUCCUAUCCCACUUGCAUCUUACUAACACAAGAAGCACAAACAUUGUUAAUGGAUUUCACUUGAACGUCUAUUUUUUCUUUUCUUUUUUUUUUUUUUGUAUUCUUUAUUUGUGUGCUUUUACGUAAAUUCAGGUAAGAGGGGGAAGGGGUAAAGAAGGGAAGGAUAGGAGGGGGUAGGGAUGGGUGGGAAACGUGUAUUAUUUCAAGGUCCGAAUCUUGCCUUUCUUGCUUUCUGCAGGAAUCACUCCAAUCAGUGAAGAUAUGGAAUUACAAUAUACUGUUGAAAAUCCUCCUGUUGUAACUGAUGACUACAUGGACAUGGAAAUGAAUGUAAGUGAGGGUGCACCUUACUUGACUGUUUCAAGACAACUGCUUAAGAAAGGUGCAUGUUACAUGUUAAUUCAUUUUGAAUCAAAAUUGCAGGUGAACACCAUAAAAACAAGACAGUUUUCUUAAAAAGAGAUGACCAUGUCCAUCUAAUGAUUCAAGAAGUCACAAUGUACUAGAACACUUUAAAAAUUCCAUUAAAAAUUGAAUCUUCCAUAUCUAAGGGGUUUAAAAGCAGAACUAUAUUUGAUGGUCCUGGAACAUUAUGGGACCAUUUAGGCUGGAGGCUUGUCACAAAUGUAUUUACUGUUGUGACUGACUUACCUUGAGGCCUGCACAGUGUUUUGUAGUUUGCUGGGAUUGCUUGAUACGUAGAUGUCAGUUAAAUAGGUGCAUGGGUGCUGGAUAUAUUGAGACAUUGAAAGUCAGGAGUGAUACUAGGAGGUAGAUGGAAUCCAGAUGUAUCUCCUAAAUAUCAUUCUUUACAAGGAAACAUGGUCACAUGUGGAGUGUCAAAGGUUAAUGAAGAUCAAUACAAUAUGAGUAGUCUUGAAAUUGAAAUGGUUUAUUUAGGGUUCUGGUACACAUGAGCACAUCAACCUCCGGUAUUCUACUAGGGAAGGGAAUGUAAUUAAAGUUGUGAGUGGUUUGGGGUGGCUUUUGAAAGUUGAGUUUCCAUCUCACUAUGACUUGCUUUGGGUACAACAGGCUGGAAUGAAUUGGUCUUGUUAAAAAUGCGUAAAAAUUUGUGCUGAUUGGAGCAAGCACAGGAAAAGACCAACAUUGGCUAAAGAGUGUUCUGCAACCCUUACUCUACUGUGAGGGAUUUAUAUUCUGCAAAUAUAUUCCAAGGGUCUUUUCAAUGAGAACUAAUCGCAAAGCUUGCACCGAAUAUUUUACCAUGAAGUCUGCCAGACAGAAGGCUAUAAUAUGCUCCAUAAGGGCCAUGUUGUCUGUUAAAGGACCACUAUAGUGCCAGGAAAACAAACUAGUUUUCCUGGCACUAUAGUGCCCUGAGGGUUCUCCACCAUCAUGGCCCCCCUCCCGCCAGGCUGAAGUUGGAGGAAGGGGUUAAACAAUUACCUUUCUCCAGCGCUGGGCUCCCUCAGCACCGGGAACUCUCCUCCUCCUUUGGACGUCAUUGCCUGAAUGUGCAUGGGCGGCAAGAGCCGCGCACCCAUUCAGUCAGUCCAUAUGAAAGCAUUCUCAAUGCUUUCCUAUGGACGCUGGUGUCUUCUCACUGUGAAAAUCUCACUAGAGGCUGGAUUAACCCUAUUAUAAACAUAGCUAUGCAAGUCACUAGAGGCUGGAUUAACCCUAUUAUAAACAUAGCUAUGCAAGUCACUAGAGGCUGGAUUAACCCUAUUAUAAACAUAGCAAUGCUAUGUUUACAUCAGGCAGGGUUAACCCUAGAAUGACCUGGCACCCAGACUACUUCAUUGAGCUGAAGUGGUCUGGGGGCCUAUAGUGGUCCUUUAAUAAAUCAGAACUCUGAAACAUGAAGUCAUACCUUGAUUCUCUGUUCCUUGUGAGAAACCAAAAAACACAAACAGGCACAUUCAGACAUCUGGCUAGGCAGAUUCCCUAGUUAGAUGCCAGAUAUGCUUCCCUCUUAGAAAAGGCAGGAACAAUGAUGGGGCUUUAUAAUCAUUUUGUCCCUUCCAAAGUAGAAAAGAUGCUAAAUUGUUUUCCAUGAUAAUAUAUGAAUGUGAUUAUUUUUGCAUUGUGUUCUCAGGCUGAAUAUACAGUACAUGAGCAGGUGAUUAAACUUCCCACCGGUGAUCAAGAAUUCACUCUUCCUCCAGGAGCUGGCUCUCAAGACUCUAUGGUCAACAUGGGAUUUUCGCAAGACUUCUUUAUCUCUCUGUUUAUAGCCUUUCAAAACUCGGGAGGAUUCAAUCUGAAUAUACCAUCAACAUAUGUAAGUAAAACACAAUCAUCAUUUUUAGAAUUAUUAGCUAAUUACAUAAACAUUAUUUAUGUUGAAAUUAAUGAGAUAUACCUUGGAACAUAUAUCACUGACUGAUUUUAUUCUUUUUCAUUUUUCUAGGCAUCUCUGGAAAAUCAUCUGAGUACAUCUGCACUUGGCUCCCUUAUCCCUGAGGUUACUUAAUUUACAUUGUAUUUGCUGAACAAUGAUAUAAAUGGAAGGAAAGUUAUGCAAAUAUGCAGUUUCACAGUCAGUUAUUGUAUUUUACAGUUCCAAGAAAAAGUAUGUGAUCCCUUUGGAAUGAUAUGAAUUUCUGUACAAAUUGGUCAUAAAAUGUGAUCUGAUCAUCAUCUAAGUCACAACAAUAGACAAUCACAGUCUGCUUAAACCAAUAACACACAAAUAAUGAAAUGUUGCUCCAUGUUUUUAUUGAACACACCAUGUAAACAUUCACAGUGCAGGUGGAAAAUGUAUGUGAACCCCUAGACUAAUGACAUCUCCAAGUGCUAAUUGGAGUGAGAAGUCAGCCAACUGGAGUCCAAUCAAUGAGAUGAGAUUGGAGGUGUUGGUUACAGCUGCCCUGCCUUAUAAAAACACACACACCAGUUCUGGGUUUGCUUUUCACAAGAAGCAUUGCCUGAUGUGAAUGAUGCCUUACACAAAAGAGCUCUCAGAAGACCUACGAUUAAGAAUUGUUGACUUGCAUAAAGCUGGAAAGGGUUAUAAAAGUAUCUCCAAAAGCCUUGCUGUUCAUCAGUCCACGGUAAGACAAAUUGUCUAUAAAUGGAGAAAGUUCAGCACUGCUGCUACUCUCCCUAGGACGUGGCGGAUCCAGGGGCCUGAUCUCAGGAGGGGCAAUUGUAGAUUAUUUAAAGAAAUAAUCCAGACACAAUAACCACUACAGCUCAGUGUAGUGGUUAUGGUGUCAAUAGUGCCGGGACCCCCUCCCAGAGUAAGUAGUCAAACUGUUUAAGAACAGUUUGACAACUUACCUGAGGUCUGCUGGGAAAUGGGGCAGUAGUAGGGCAUAGGAGCAGUGGUGUGUGUGAGUGCUGCAAUGUGUAAGGGGUGCAGUGUGUGUGUGUGUGUGUGAGGGGGACAGUGUGUGAGCAGAGUGUGUGUGUGAGGGUGGCAGUGUAUGUCAGGGAUGCAGUGGGACAGUAUGUGUGUGUAACAGUUGCAGUGUGUGUGUGUGUGUGUGUGAGUAUUGCAGUGUAUGUGUGUAUGGAAGUGACGGUGUAUGGACGGUAUGUGUAUGGGGGCAGUAUGUGUGUAUGGGGGCAGUGUGUGUGUGUGUAUGGGGGCAGUGUGUGUAUGUGGGGGCAGUGUGUGUAUAGGGCCAGUGUGUAUGGAGACGGUAUGUGUGUAUGGGGCAGUGUGUGUAUGGGGGCAGUGUGUGUGUGUAUGGGGGCAGUGUGUGUGUGUGUGAAGGGUACAGUGUGUAUGUAUAGGGGGCAGUGUGUGUGUGUAUGGGGGACAGUGUGUGUGUAUGGGGGACAGUAUGUGUGUAUGGGGGGGCAGUGUGUGUAUGGGGGCAGUGUGUGUGUGUAUAGGGGGGGCAGUGUAUAUAUGUGUGUGUGUGUGUGUGUGUGUGUGAUAAGGGAAGGGGGGCUUUUUUUUAAUAAUAAUAAUAUAUAUAUAUAUAUAUUUUUUUUAUUAUUAUUUAUUUAAAAUAUAUAUUUAUGUCCCCCCUCCCUUCUUACCUUUACUGGGGGGGAGGGGGGACAUUUCCCUGGUUGUCUGUUGUCAGUGGGCGGUUCAUUGGUGGUCCCAGUGGGGAGAGUGAACUCUAGCCCUCGCUCCCGGGCUAGAGUUCACUCUCGCGAGAUUUGGAGCGUUGCCGUGGUAACCUUGGCAACGCUCCAGAUCUCGCGAGAGGAGGACCCGGAGGAGCUGCAGCCUGAGCUCCGGGUCCUCUCUCCUCCCUCUCCCUCCCCCGCCGGCUGCCAGCACAGUGCCUGCGGACCGGGGAGGGAGAUCUCUGCUCUCCCUCCCCGGUCGGCAGGCACAUUGCAGGGCUGGCAGCCGGCAGGGGAGGGAGACUGUCGGAUUUCUCGGGGCAUUGCCCCGUUGCCCCCCCCCUGGAUCCGCCACUGCCCUAGGAGUGGCCAUCCUGUAAAGUUGACUGCAAGAGCACAGCGCAGACUGCUCAAUGAGGUGAAGAAGAAUCCUAGAGUGUCAGCUAAAGACUGGCAAAUGCUAACAUCCCUGUUUGCGAAUGUACAAUACGUAAAACACUAGAAUGGAUUUCAUGGGAGGAUACCAAAGAGGAAGCCACUGCUGUCCACACAAAACAUUGCUGCACGUUUACAGUUUGCACAAGAGCACCUGGAUGCUCCACAGCAGUACUGGCAAACUAUUCUGUGAACAGAUGAAACCAAAGUUAAGUUGUUUGGAAGAAACACACAACACCAUGUGUGGCGAAAAAAGGCACAGCACACCAACAUCAAAACCUCAUCCCAACUGUGAAGUAUGGUGGUGGGGGCAUCAUGGUUUGGGGCUGCUUUGCUGCGUCAAGGCCUGGACGGAUUGCUAUCAUCGAAUGAAAUAUGAAUUCCCAAGUUUAUCAAGACAUUUUGCAGGAGAACUUAAGGCCAUCUGUCUAACAGCUGAAGCUCAAUAGAAGAUGGGUGUUGCAACAGGACAAUGACCCAAAGCAUAGAAGUAAAUCAACAACAGAAUGGCUUAAACAGAAGAAAAUACGCCUUCUGAAGUGGCCCAGUCAGAGUCCUGACCUUAACCCGAUUGAGAUGCUGUGGCAUCACCUCAAGAAAGCGAUUCACACCAGACAUCCUAAGAAUAUUGCUGAACUGAAACAGUUCUGUAAAGAGGAAUGGUCAAUAAUUACUCCUGACCAUUGUGCAACUACAGUAAACGUUUGGUUGAAGUUAUUGCUGCCAAAGGAGGUUCAACCAGUUAUUAAAUCCAAGGGUUCACAUACUUUUUCCACCUGCACUGUGAAUGUUUACAUGGUGUGUUCAAUAAAAACAUGGCAACAUUUCAUUCGUUGUGUGUUAUUAGUUUAAACAGGCUGUGAUUGUCUAUUGCUGUGAUUUAGAUGAUGAUCAGAUCACAUUUUAUGACCAAUUUGUGCAGAAAUCCAUAUCAUUCCAAAGGGUUCACUUACUUUUUCUUGCAACUGUAAAUAUUUAGGAUACAGUUGAGAAAUUACAGCUUCCAUUACUCUUUGGGACCAAAACACAGAUAAAAUAAAAACAAAAUAGAUUGAACCAUGCAGAGUCUAUUUAACUUCCUUGCACACCAAUCCCUUAUCCACAGCUUACUGGCCGCUCAUUAUGUGCAGCUUUAAACUCCUACUGACUUCAGUGAGUUCCAGUUUGGACUUAGCCAAUCAGUAGUUCCCAUUCGUAAAAAUAGGUACGUACCUUUUUUAUAAAUGGAGAGCUACUUAUAGGCUUAGAGCAUCAGCUAACUGUUCUAGCCCUUGUAGCAGCAACCAUUGCCCAGUGGCAUUCCACGAUUUCUGUUACUCAGAGUUAGAAACCAGAUGCUGCCUGGGGGACCAGCCUGGGAGAGCGACGAUGGAGGCAAACUUUGGAGAUAAACUGCUUGAGAAUGGUUUAAUCCUUUAUGGCAAGAAAGCAGUUGUUAUGGGACUCCUGGCACCAUAACAACUUCAUCUGGAUUAAGUUUUUAUGGUGCCUCGAUUGUUGCUUUAAGGUAAAGGGUUUCAUUUCAGGUUUAGGCCUCACCCGCACCCUCUUAUGUCUUCUGUAGACAAGUCAGAUUGAUGAUAUUAGAGCUGCUGGAGUGGUUAUGUCUGUAUCACAUAAAGCAUUUCCUGUGUGAGUGGGCUGAUGGUAGGCAAUCACUUCCUUCCUCACUUCUUUGUAGUCCAACAUACAGAUAUUGGAGGACCUGGGACAGAAUUGAGGUUUACACCCUUUAUAACUGUUCCUGCAGCUCUGCUAUUAAGGUUACCUGAGGUCCAGAGGACACUGGCCAAGGUCCCUGGUACUUAUCUCCCCAUCAUCUUAUUUAAACUCAAAAAGGCACAUUAUAAGUGCUAAAAAAAAACCAGACACCCCCUAGUGGUCAGGCAUCUGUAGGUAGGUACCUACUCAGCCGCUUAAAGGGAAAUCAGGCCCUGGGAGUAUACCCCAUAAAUUCCUGCUUUUUAGAGGUUUGAGAUAAUUUGUUCAGCUCUGUAACGGAUCCCCUAUACUCCGGCUGAGUAUAUCCGCUGUACUUCUCCCAAAUCCCCAGUAAAGCCGUGAUUAUAGCUCCCAACUCCCCAAACAUCAGCCUAGAGUUGAUAAAGGGUAGAAACGAAUAUGUUCAAUCAUGGCCAAACAGCCCACUUAUAUUAAAAAAAAAAACAAGGUUGCAGUAAAACACGCACAGAACACUCCCACAAAAUGUCCACAAAUUCCUGUGUCAGACUGAUUUGACAUAAAAACAUAAAAUAUCAAAAUACAUAAAAAAAACCCAUAAAAAACAAAUAGGAAUCCCCUCAAAUUAUAUAUCGUUAAAUAGCCCUGAUCUGAGUGCCCACGUUCUCCAAAUAGCACUUUGAUCCAUGCAGUGUAGGGGAAUCACCACCGUGUGGAAGUUCUGACCAACCGCACAUAAGGUCCUAUGCCCAAAACAGUUCCAGGGUGUUUGGUGAUUUAGCCGGUCAAUGUCCGGGAGCUCCUGCGGCCGCAAUACGGGGUGCUCUGGCUGGCUCAUAGGUAGAGUUUGUUCCCCUUAGUCUCAGGCACCUUCCAUCCAAAAAGCGCUCUCCUGGCAGAUUUCAAAGUAGUUCAAAACCGCCAACCAAGUUGUCCAGGAACUGCAAGGUCACCUCAUGCCGAAAACCGUUCCAUAACAUUUGCGGCUAAGUCCCGUUGGGACUAUUCAUGAGAGCUAGCGUUCGGUUCCAUUUGCAUGAAGGGAAAGUGCCGAACCAGGGACACCCAGGGCAAGCUACUAACGGCGGUUGAGGAGAUUUAACUCCCAAACAGGGUCUUUAAUUGAGGGAGAUUUAACUGAGAAGAUUUAACUCCCUAACAUAGUCCUGGGGCAGGAGGCUAGCUAGCAGGCUCCUCCAGGAGCUUGUGGCAAACGUCCAGGGUAAGGAGUGUUUGUCACAAGCUCUCAUCAGCAGUUUCAGUUAUGACAAGGUAUGAAUAAAACCAUUAUAUAACCAGCAUCACAAAUUUGUGAUUCUGUUUCCUGCCUCAGGCUUUUUAAGGUAGUCUUGUUUUAGCGUUGUUAUUUUGAAAUCUCUCAAUGUACAUAUAUUUCCUUUAUCAUAUCUACAGAUCAGCAGAAAAUACCCUCAAUCUCUGCCAGUGAAAAUUAAAAUUGUGCUCAGCAAAACACCAAUUGUGUCCUUCCAGUCUAACCAGCUUAUUGUCCAGAUUACUCCAUCGGUGGAGAUGUCUGUGAUGUUACCAAACGCAAAAUGUCAGCACUUACUGACAGUCAAUGUGGUGAGUAGUGCUUUGGAUGGGGCUGGAACUAUUUUUCUCAUAAUUCUAUGGCAGCCAUUGGCCAUAACGGCUGCAGAGCCAAUAGUGAAUCCCUAUGGUAGAUAUUUGUUUUUACCAUGUGUCUAACAUUCUCUAACAUGUUACUUAUUUUUGUGCUUGUAGGGUGCUACCUUGUUGGCUUCUCUAGAUGUGAAAGGUGGAAAGAUGAAGACAUCGGUUGCAUUAACAGGGUUUGCUAAAGUUUACAAAUGUAUCUGUCUUUAUGUCAUUUAUUUUUGGUAAUUAAAAAAAACAAACUAUUAUUAUUUUUUUAUCCAUAGGGACCUUAACCUGGCAUUUGUCUCUGUGUCUUAUGGACAAAGUAAAUGCAAUGUGAGUAGGCUGCAUUUUGAUAUGGUUAUUAGAUUGUUUAUGAUGGGAUGUAAAUGGAAACUGGUACAAAAAGAGCACCCAUUUAAUGUUUAUUUUAUUGCUUUUGAGAGUAAUAGAGUUCUGUACUGAUAAUGAGGACUGUAACAUCUAAGUCUACUCACUAACACAAACCUUAACCAUACUUAUGUUGGUUAUGCAUCAAAAAGAGACACUGGUAAAUUGUAAAGAAGCAUAGUAGGCAUUAUUGGUGUGGAUAAAACUGCAAACAUUUGGAACAUAUCAGUUACUUAAAAGAGCAGCUAGCAGGGUGAAAGGUAAUAGGAAGAGAGACAAAGAACAAGUAAAAAAACCUCCCUUCCUGUGAGUACCAAGAAGUUCAUGUGCAUAUAUAAACAGUACUCUGAACUGCACAGCGCCAUCUACAGCUCAAGUGCUAAGUAUAUCUAUAUUAUGCAGUACAUGCUGUUGUAUUUCCCAACACUCCUUCUCUGCAGCACAAUUAUUCGACAUUCAGCUUCUUUUGUAGUAAACAAUGACGCUCCUUUGGCAAUGGUUUGGUGAGUGCGUCUGCAGUCAUCUCUUCUGAUGGACAAUACUGAAUGUCAAUAACUCCCGGAGCAGAUGAUGUUUUACAUCAAAGUGCUUGGUUCUGGGAUUAACUCUUUCCGAUUGCUCCAAUUUUAUAUAUCCCUGAUUAGCAUACAUUCAAGGUACAGUAAGCUGUAACUUCUACCUUUCCAUUACAUCUUCAGCUGGAAGAGUAAAUGAUGUGCAUUACAGUCUAUCACAUCUUUAAUACAAACUCUAGCUACAUGCCCUAAAACCUAAUAGAGCACGUAGAGAUAUUGUCACUUCCCCAAUGUUAGUACAAUUAAGAGCUAAACUUUAAAUUCUUUAUCGUUUCUGCCAGUUAAUGUAUUUAAGUGAAUUCAUUCUUACCGUAAGGCACGGCUGGAGAAAGAGCCAAGGGCUCACAUAGGACAUUUCUCCUUUAGAUUUAUUCUAUAAUAAAUAUAUUAAUUAUAUAUUUUACUUUAUCUCAUAGCCAUCAAUGUUAUCUGGAUACCUGCGUACUUUGUUUGUAAAGGCUUACUUGCUACAGAUCAACGGUAAGCACUAUCAUUUUUUUUAGAAGAUUGUCCACUAGGUUUACUUCCGCUUAAUAAGUGUAUUUUUCUCCAUAUCUUUUCUUCUUGGAUCAGUGUGUGUGUUCUGUUGACUAUAAUUAUGUUCCUCUUACAGAGGCACUGAGUAUUGGCGUGUCGUUACCAUCAUUACCUAACGUACAACUCAUCCACCAAGUCAUUGAUGUAAAGGAGGUAAGCAAGCAUCCUUAAACCUAAACGCAAAUCAAUUCAAUAAAAUAUAUUGAAUUCAAUAAAACACAUAAAAAUGGUGUCACUAAACACAUAUCAUUAAACAUCUGACCUUUUGGUCAACAUAUAAUGCCUUUUUUAAUGGCAAUCUUUUUAACAGAUUGCAAGCCCUUUCCUCAAAAGUACAUUAUUGAGGAGGCAAUACAUUUUAAAGUGAACUUGUACUCCAAAUAUAACUUUGGCUAAAUCAGCCCCAAAUACAUUGAAUACAUCAUACAUGAUAUAAUUGUAAAAUACUGAUAUUUACUUACUCACUAUAACUCUUUUCCAGCACCGCCAUUUCCUCAUCUCUGUUAGUAUUACUCUUUGUGUAAUACCCAUCACUUCCCUAAACAGGGCAAAGUUCCUCUGUAACACCAACACGCUGCCCUUGCUGCCAGCAUGUCAGUCACUCCUUUCCUUUACUCCCUAGUCAGCACUAGCAGCCAGUUGCCAGCGCUAUCAACUAGGGAGUUUCCAUAGUAACCACAGCGAUAGUGAUGUGGUUGCUAUGUGUGGGAGAGUAGUAAGACCUCCUCUGGGAGGUGUUUUCUGCUCUCCCUUGUCAUUCGGAUUGCUGGUAUUGAGUCGAAGAUGUGACUGAAAAGCUGGCAGAAAAACCUAUUUUAAAUCUUUUUUUCCUCCCCAAACUAUACAUUGGCUAGCAAAACUGCUAGCAUAAUGUAUAUAGAGAAUAAAGACCACUGAGGUGCAACUGUUCACUUGAAUACUCGGGCAAAUAAUCUGGGCACUUGAACGUUGUGACUUUUUGUCUUUUUGAAAAAUCACCUCUUCAAUUACCCGUUCUACAGGGAGUGCAGAAUUAUUAGGCAAAUGAGUAUUUUGACCACAUCAUCCUCUUUAUGCAUGUUGUCUUACUCCAAGCUGUAUAGGCUCGAAAGCCUACUACCAAUUAAGCAUAUUAGGUGAUGUGCAUCUCUGUAAUGAGAAGGGGUGUGGUCUAAUGACAUCAACACCCUAUAUCAGGUGUGCAUAAUUAUUAGGCAACUUCCUUUCCUUUGGCAAAAUGGGUCAAAAGAAGGACUUGACAGGCUCAGAAAAGUCAAAAAUAGUGAGAUAUCUUGCAGAGGGAUGCAACACUCUUAAAAUUGCAAAGCUUCUGAAGCGUGAUCAUUGAACAAUCAAGCGUUUCAUUCAAAAUAGUCAACAGGGUCGCAAGAAGCGUGUGGAAAAACCAAGGCGCAAAAUAACUGCCCAUGAACUGAGAAAAGUCAAGCGUGCAGCUGCCACGAUGCCACUUGCCACCAGUUUGGCCAUAUUUCAGAGCUGCAACAUCACUGGAGUGCCCAAAAGCACAAGGUGUGCAAUACUCAGAGACAUGGCCAAGGUAAGAAAGGCUGAAAGACGACCACCACUGAACAAGACACACAAGCUGAAACGUCAAGACUGGGCCAAGAAAUAUCUCAAGACUGAUUUUUCUAAGGUUUUAUGGACUGAUGAAAUGAGAGUGAGUCUUGAUGGGCCCGUGGCUGGAUUGGUAAAGGGCAGAGAGCUCCAGUCCGACUCAGAUGCCAGCAAGGUGGAGGUGGAGUACUGGUUUGGGCUGGUAUCAUCAAAGAUGAGCUUGCGGGGCCUUUUCGGGUUGAGGAUGGAGUCAAGCUCAGCUCCCAGUCCUACUGCCAGUUCCUGGAAGACACCUUCUUCAAGCAGUGGUACAGGAAGAAGUCUGCAUCCUUCAAGAAAAACAUGAAAAUCUAAUGACAUGGCCUCCUUGUUCACCUGAUCUGAAACCCAUUGAGAACCUGUGGUCCAUCAUCAAAUGUGAGAUUUACAAGGAGGGAAAACAGUACACCUCUCUGAACAGUGUCUGGGAGGCUGUGGUUGCUGCUGCAUGCAAUGUUGAUGGUGAACAGAUCAAAACACUGACAGAAUCCAUGGAUGGCAGGCUUUUGAGUGUCCUUGCAAAGAAAGGUGGCUAUAUUGGUCACUGAUUUGUUUUUGUUUUGUUUUUGAAUGUCAGAAAUGUAUAUUUGUGAAUGUUGAGAUGUUAUAUUGGUUUCACUGGUAAUAAUAAAUAAUUGAAAUGGGUAUAUAUUUGUUUUUUGUUAAGUUGCCUAAUAAUUAUGCACAGUAAUAGUCACCUGCACACACAGAUAUCCCCCUAACAUAGCUAAAACUAAAAACAAACUAAAAACUACUUCCAAAAAUAUUCAGCUUUGAUAUUAAUGAGUUUUUUGGGUUCAUUGAGAACAUGGUUGUUGUUCAAUAAUAAAAUUAAUCCUCAAAAAUACAACUUGCCUAAUAAUUCUGCACUCCCUGUAUAGAGCUAUUAUUUAUUGUUAUUUUAGACUGAUAAACGUGUUGCUAUGACAGCCAGGCUGAAUAUUUUACUUUUACUGCGCAAUUAAGCAAUUUGUGGUUUUACAUAAUUAUUUUUGUUUAUGCUUGCAGAAUUACGCAGUUAUGUCAUGUGAUCUUCAAAACAUCAACUGA